AUGCGCGAAGAUAAUGAUGACUCUUCUGAAAACUUGAACGAGACUGAUGAUGAGAUAGCAGAAUCAGAAAAAGAAGUUGAAGAAUCACAAGCAACUAAAAUAGUCAAUUUUAUUCGGAACAAAUGGAAAUUACCAGUGCCUGAGCUGAUCAUUUCAAUAACAGGCGGCGCGCAGCAUUUUAAAUUUGCAUCACCAAGAGUUCGCAAUGCCUUCCAAAAAGGUUUGAUAUCAGCAGCGAUGAACACCGAUGCAUGGAUUUUCACUGCUGGAACUCAUUCCGGAAUAAUAAAAGAAGUAGGUGAUGCAUUUGAUAAAUGUCGGUAUAAGAAUGCGAAUGCGUUCUUGAAACUCCCUUGUAUCGGAAUAUGCAGUUGGUUUGCAACAACAGAUUACAAACAAUUAGAAAGUCCGUCCACCUAUUCUGAAGAGGAUAAAUCAAAAAUUUCUGAACAACCGAAUACUAUCGACAAAGUCAAUAUUGAGAAAUCUUCCGAACGAAGCGAACAAAAUGUACGCUUAUAUAGAGUACGACAGCCACCAGAAAAGGGGGAACCUGAAUCAUAUCCUCUUGACCAUAACCAUACACAUUUUAUCAUUUUACAAGAUGAAUUUGGAGAAGGAGAUAGAAAAUGGAAAUCUAAGUUCAAAGAGAAUGUUCGUGCUGAUUUAAUAUUACCUAUCCGUGCACAAAUCGAGCAAGAAUCACGUACCAUAAAACGACAAGGACAGAAAUAUAAAAUUCCGAUUGUGCAAAUACUAGUAGACGGUGGUGUUUCAUCAAUUUUAACUGUAUGUGAAUCUAUUGCAGCUGGAACACCGGUCAUUGUCAUUGCAGUUAGAUAUUUCACAUAUGAUUCGGCAUUAAUGACUGAUAGUGAACAGAGACAAAAGUCAAAGAAACUAGUAUUGGCCAUGGCAUGGAAAAAAUACGAUCUGGUGGCUCACGAUGUAAUCAAAAAUCUGAUGGAGUCCGACAACGCGGAGUUACACUUAGAUGAGCCAUUAUGGGAAGCCUUACGAAGAAAUUCGGUAAAUUUUGUUGAACUACUCAUCGGAUAUGGAGCCUCGUUUGAAAGAUUACGAAGACUGAUCAACACAAGUGAUCUGUACAAGGAUCUGAACGAUAAUAGUUCUGGAAGUUCUCUGCAUUUACCUGAUAUAACACAACAAGUACAGCCUUCAAACCAUACACCUGGAAACAACUAUGGUAUUAUAAGUCAUCCACGCAAGGAAGAUUCGUUUUUACAUGGAAUGGUAUUUUUCAAUGCAAAUGAUAUCAUCCGCGAAAGUGGACAUGUCACAGAAUUGUCGAUUAAUUUUGCAAAUUUAGCAGCGUCUGAGUCCUUGCCAGAGAUCGUCCUUUACAUAUUGUCAUCAACAAAUGAUAAAAAUAAAUUUUUGAUUAUCUAUCGACGCGCAAAGCAAUAUCUGCAAAUUACAAAAAUCAUUGUUGAGAAUGAUAUCCGAACAUUAAUAAUUCAAGAGCCUACACUUUUUCUACAGACAGGUCAAUACCUGGCGAUUGGAUUUCGUAAUACCAUUUCGCGACCAUUUCAAGUGAAAGGCAGCGAUUCAUACUAUAUUGAUUUUCAUGCAGUUGAUGCUGGACUAGACUCAGGUAGGCCAACACUAUUUGUUCGACAAGCAAUCUACGGCUUAGCGUUCUGUUUCAAAAUAACUCCAGCAACAGGAUUUAUACGUGAUUUAUUUCUGUGGUCUUUGUUUGUUAAUCGUUCAAAUUUAGCAACCUGCCUGUGUUCACGAUCUGAGAACACAAUUGUGGCUGCUAUGCUGGCGUGUAAAAUCUAUCAAACAGCAGCGCGAAGCAUCAAUGAAUCUGAAAAAAAAGCGGAAUACGAAAGCAAAGAGAGUGAAUUCGAUGAUCAUGCUGCAGGAAUCAUAAACAAAUGUUUUGAGAAAGAUGAAGAAUUUGCUGUUACCAUAUUAACUUCCACUUCGAAACAAUAUUUUUAUUACAGUCCACUGCAGUUGGCCAAAGAGAGCAAUGGUCGCAAAUUUCUAGCAACUAAGUGCAUGCAUAAAUAUCUAGAUAAGCAAUGGUUCGGAAAUAUUAAUAAACAUCAGUAUUCUAGCGUAUGGAUUACCAUUCUAUUUCGAUUAUACUAUAUCGAAAAACGAUCAUGUAAUAUUGAUUGGGCUCCGCAAAAAUAUUUUACUAUGGACAAAUGGAACAUCCUCGAUUUGGCAGCAAUUUUUCUUUAUCUUGCUGGUUUCAUUCCACGAUGGAUCCCAACUGAGGCAGCUUUUACUACCUCAAAAGUUCUCAUGUGCAUUGAUUUGUUUCUUUGGUAUAUACGUAUUCUACAUCUAUUCAUAGCAUCAGAACGAUUAGGUACAAAGUUACUUAUGAUAUUUAAUACGAUAAAAGACCUAUUAUUCUUCAUCUGCUUUGUUCUAAUCUUUUUGAUCGGUUACUCCGUUGCUUCUUAUUCUCUCAUCACUACAAAUGAACAAGUGUUUUGGAACUCAGGAACUCAGAAAAAUUCGACUCAUACCUACGAACUUAAACAAGAUGGUCAUGGCAUAUGGAGUUGGACAAUUAUUCGGAAUGUUAUCGACUGGGGAAUGUGGAAAGUGUACGGGCAAGUUUCGAUAUUGUCGAAUACGCAAGUGGAUGGAAGUGUUUUAAAUGGUAUGAUAAAGCAUGAACUACUUGUUUCUGCUGAUGAAUUGCACAUAAGAGUUCUUUUAGUGGACAACGGUGUUUAUGGCACAACUGUAUUCAUAUUGACGAUUCUUUUUGUUUGCAUAGCAAAUGUCCUUCUUUUGAAUGUGCUGGUUGCUCUAUUCAAUGUCACACUUAAAAAAGUUAAAGAUAAUGCACACAUGUCUUGGGCAUUUCACCGAUUCCUACUCGUCAAUGAAUAUGCAAGAAAAUCUCCAUUUCCACCACCUUUCAAUCUAUUUGAAUACGGUUGGCGAUACAUUAAUUAUCUGAAAUCCAAUAAGCAGUUAUUAAACAAUAAUCUACAUGGUUCACUUGACGAUAGUAGUGGGCUUGAUUCAAAUAUGUAUAAUAUCAUUUCAUUUAACGCAAUGGAUCGAGUAAGAAUGGGCGGCAUAGUUAAUCAGGUUUUUAUCAACUUUUCGACUGCUCCAUCUACUGAUGAUCCAGACAUUCGGUUGUUUGUUAUCAUGGAUCCAACCAGUGCUUCAAACUCUAACUGGUUUAGAAUAGUUCAUCACGAGCAUUUGGUCACAAAAGACCCUGAUUUAAAUAUUGCUGGUCCUACGACCGCUCCUAAAAUUAAAAAAGAAAAAGGGAUUCAAAAAUUUGAUACCAACAUAAAAAUAAAUGAGGGACAGUAUUUGGCCAUACGAUUUUCACCGAAAGACGGAAACCCAUACAGCACAAUACGGAAUCAAUAUUAUGUUAAUUAUGAGGACCUACCACAUGCAAACAUGAGUCUUCUGUUCACAAGUUGUUCUACGAAGGGUAUUGCAAUGAGCUUCAAUGUGAAAACUGCUGAAGAUUCAUAUAAUAAAAGAUGCACGCUUGCACCAUGUUGUGCCAAUAAUGAGCAACCUCCAAGUUAUCGAAAUAAUGUUUCUGGUAGUAUCGAACGAAACGAAUUCCAAAGUCGCGAUGACAUGCUACGGGAAGAAAGCAUUGCCCAAGAAUAUUGGGCAACUGUUAUCAAAGGCAUAAAAAGGAGUGAGAAAAACGAGAACGACCAGUACAAAUUCGAAACAAACAAUCCAAAACAGCUUUUAGAAGUAACAAAUCAUUGGGCAGAUCAAAAAGUCGAAAUAACCAUUUAA